AUGGGAAGUAACUGCUGCAAGGGAGAAGCUGGUGCCCAGGUGUACAAAGGAAAUGGAACCGAGAUAUCGAUUGGACCCCGUCUACGGAAAAGUCCUGUGUACACGGAAAUGAUGCGAGAGGAAACAUUCCAAGUGGACGAAACCCCACACAUUGGAGCACCAUUCUUUCUGAGGAAACUUAACGAUUACACGGUGCUGGUAGGCACGAAAGCGAAACUAUCAGUACACAUUUCGAACACCAAGGAUGCCAAGGUCUCAUGGUUCAAAGACGAUCUUCUUCUACCCGAAACGGACCGUUACGUUUGCUCCAGCCUGGGCCAGCUACAUUCACUCGAAAUCGCCACCGUUCUGCCCGAGGACAACGCAAAAUGGUCCUGCCAGGGCGAGAACUCGUUCGGCAAAUGCGUCUGCAGUGGGCAGCUCACAGUGCGAGUCCCAGAAACCUACAAAGCUCCGGAGUUUGUUGACGAACUGCGAGCCAUACUGACGAGCCAGGGUACGAUCUCGCUCGAGUGCAAAGUGAUCGGUUAUCCCACGCCGGAGUUGAGCUGGUUCAAGGAUGGAAAUGAAAUCAAGGCGGGUGACAUGUUCGGGCUUACCAUCAACGGAGGCGAUCUGGGAUCGUUGGGUGUGUACACCUGUGUGGCGAAGAACUGUGUCGGUACCAACAGCUCCAGCUCAAAGGUGCGCGUGCAGGAGACGCAGGAGACGACCAUAAAAGACAAAACGAUUGAUAAAAUAUCGCCGGUAUUUAUCGAAGAACUCGAAAGAAUCAAGGGCAAGAUUGGUGAUCGACUUGAGCUGCGGUGCAAAAUUAAUCUCUCUGCCGAUCCGGUGAGCGUUCGCUGGUACAACCAGAGUGGGCUUAUCGAGGCAAACGAAAAGUAUUCCAUGUUCGAAGAUGGACUUGGGUGCUUCAUUGUCGACAUUAAUGCCGCGGAGCUGUGCGAUGCCGGCGAAUGGAAGUGUGUUAUUACUUGCAAAGACGGUCUGAUAGGUAUAACAACCAAUGUGGUCGAAUUGGAUGUACCCAGAAACUAUCGAGCUCCCCGGUUCAUGGAAGGUCUGAAAGCUGUGCUGACCGAGGAAGGACUAGUGUCAUUCGAGUGCAAGGUAAUCGGUUAUCCCACACCAAUCCUUCGCUGGUACAAGGACGGGCGGGAGUUGAAGCCGGGUGAUGUGUACCAUCUGACGGGAGUGAAUUCGCUCGGAUCGUACUGCUGCGUGGCAAGAAAUAGCCUUGGUGAAGCAUCUAGCACUACUUUCCUCUCGGUGAAUGACAUCAAGGCGCAGCUAAACGAAGAGGAAUGGAUGAACCUGCUGCAGGUAAACCAGGCACCGAUCUUCAAGACGGGCCUCAUCAGCCGCGAUGUAAACAUUGCCGAGUCGUUCCGUCUAUCGGUCGUGAUCAGCUCGGUUUCUCGGCCCACGGUGAACUGGUACAAGGAUGAUCUGGUUGUGGACGGGACGGAUAAUUACAAAAUUUCUUCCGAUGAAUCCACCUACACGUACUCCAUUGAUGUUGUAACGGCGCAGCUGGACGAUCAGGGUGAGUGGAAGUGUGUGGCGACGAAUGAGUUCGGUCAGGCGGGCACGUCCUGCUUCGUGAAGCUGAUCAUACCGAAGCACUACCGUAAGCCGAAGUUCCUCGAAAACCUUAAAGCGGUCAUGCUACGCGAUGGUACGGUCAACCUGGAAUGCAAGGUAAUCGGUGUACCGCAACCGGUGCUGAAGUGGUACAAGGAUGGCACGGAGCUGAAACCGGGCGAUAUUCACCGCAUCAUUACUGGCCAGGAUGGUAAGUGCUGCCUCGGAACGUACACGUGUGAGGCGGUGAACUGCAUGGGAUCGGUGAGCAGUACAGCUUCGUUGCACGGAUACGAUGGUAUCGCAGACGAGGGACCUCUGCCACCGGAAGGUGCUGCAGCACUCGUAAAAGAUGCAUCCCUGUCAACAAUCCACGAGGAGCGCACUUCGCAAAUAUUCGACACGGCCGCCUCGUACGAAAGUGCAGCAAGCAACGGUCGGGGCGAGAUAUCGUUUACUUUCGACGGUAAGGAGGUGUCGGUGUCGCUCUACGAAACACCUGAGUUGACGAACGAUGAAGCGCUGCAGAUUGUGCAGAUGUUCGCUGAUCAAUUGCACCAGAAUAUUAACGAAAACGAGAACGUCACCAACAUGCCGUCGUUGCGUUUCGUGAAGGAAACGUCCACCUCGGGCCAGUUGGUGAUGGAGGCGCUUGUCAUCGACGUACCGGUGGUGGAGGAUGCCAACCUGUUCGAAGAUGAUCGCCGCACGGACUUCGACAUUGACGAGAUGCACGAUGAGAACACGUUCACCUUCGAAAGUGGAAUUGCCUCGUCGAAGGUUCGCACGCAACGACAUAGCAGUAACGAUCAGGAUGAGUUCCGCAGUAUGACCUCAUCGGAGCACUCCGACCUGGAGCGUGACGUGAUGAUGAGCAUUCUCAGCCGGGACAGUCUUCCGGUUCUGACGAGCCCAGCUAAGACAGUCGACGUCGCGACAGGUGACGAUACGCGUCAGCGAUUGCUUUCGCUGGUAGAAACGGUCAUCUUCCAUCUUGCCUCUAUUCGUGAGGAGGUACGGAAUCAGUCGGAUUUGGCGAUUACGGCGAGCUUCAUGGAGCGAAGCGAUAAAAUUCUUGCCGAUAUACUCUACCCAGUACAGCAGCUGCACAAGAACCUAGCAAAUACGUCAACGCUGGAGAGUCUGCUCGAUCCGCUGGAACUGUUAGCACGUGGACUGAGCGUCGUGGAGAAGUGCGUACAAAUCGGUGGCUAUAGUCGGACGUUCGUUUACCGAACUAGCGUGUGUAUCGUUGAGGGGUGUGGCAAGCAGAUACUGAACUGCCUGACAGAUCUACGUAUCCUAGCCGGCCAGCAGCUAGAGGCGGAUUUUGUCACCCAACAGAAGAUCUACAUGGCGAUCCUGGAGAUUCAAACAAGCAUCGAGUCGGCGCAGGAAAGCAUUCAGUCUCAGCGUAUUCUCCAGCAGGCAGACUCGGUUGCUGCCAUGCAGGAUGUGACUAGCAUCGUGACUAAUCGCUCAAUUUUCGAGGACAUCGAUUUCAUCCUUAAAUCUGAGGAACCGCUCGGUUUGCUGCAAGUGAAGAACCUGCAAAUCACGGUGCUAGAGUUUGAGAAAUCAUUAGCUACCAUUCUGACGAUCGUUUCACAAUCGGAAAAUUGUAACGUGCGCUCGGAAAUCGCUAGAUUUGGAUUGACGGAGGUUUUGCUUGAGCUGAAGAACAAGACCGAGGUAUUGAUGGUACAAUGUAGCGAACAGAGACAGCAAAAAAUUGUAGGCAGUGAAAUGAAGCCAGCUGUUGUCGAGUUGAACAGUUUAGUAGAGAUGGUCGAGGCUAAUGAAUCUUACGCGGAGGUUAUCAGUUGUCUCAAUGACAUGUUUGUGCCGCUGGAGGAAAUGAAGACAGCUCUGUCGAAGUUGACAAACGAACUGCGCCAUGUACCGGAAAGCGAGUACAACAGUAACCAGGCGCUGGAACAGCAGAUCGAAGAGUUCUACGAACUCAUCGUACAUCUGAAAGAGGAGAUUCAGCGUGCUAGCAAGGACUUCCGCGACAGUGCGGAUGUUUUCGAGCGAUUGGAAGAAUGUCUCAACCGCCUGUUCUGCAUUCAUACGGCGGACUCUAUCGAUAACGAAGAGUGCGCUCGAAUGGAAAUUGUACUAAUACAGCUUUUGAUGAAUCAUCUUACGAAACUUGAGCUUUCACUACAGGAGAAAACGGAACAGGAUAUGCUGUCGUUUAUGGCGACGGCUUUCCUGAACGUGCACGACAAUCUCCAGCACUUCAGCUACAUGCGCUCGAAUAGCAAGUAUGAAAAAAUUCGUCAAGAUAUCUUGCACCAUGCUAGAAAGAUGGUAUUUUUCUUGAUAGAAACAGAAACAUCUCUUACCACAGUUGUGGAGCGGCGUAAGGCUAUUUAUGAAAUGGCUCUAUUUUCUAUUCACACCGAUUGUAAAAGAAUACGGGAGGCUACAGAAAAGUAUGCAAUCGAAAUUUUCGGCGAACGUCAGAAGUGUGAAAUCCUUACGGAAUCUCUAGACAGCCUAAGCGAGUGUGCAACUGCUGCCUUGAAAUCACACGAGCAGUCACAAUCCGCCGAAAACGAGGUUGUGUUCGAUUCAUUGCUAAGGUUUGCGAUCAGCAUGCGUACUACGUGUGAUAUAAUGGAUGAUCAAACAAUGACUUCCACGAUAGAUGCAGACAAGAUACUUAACCAAUACACAUGCUUGCAGGCUGCAGCAGAAUCAUAUGCUUUAUAUAAUACCAACGAAAUGGCUCGGUCUAGUGAAACCUUUGCAGAAUCGUUAACUGAAAUAGUGAAGGUUGCCACUCCUGAGAAAGUGUUUGUAACGUAUGAAGAAAACACUAAACUGCACAGCCAAUGUCAGUCGAUCAAGGCAAGCAUAGCAGAUCUAAAAGAUUUUAUAGGCGAAACAAAAUCAGCAUCAGUGUAUCAAAAGCCUCUAACUGAACUUGAAGAUAUAGUAGAAACGCUUGUCGGACAGCCUACGCAACUCGAGAGUAUUGAAUUUGUGAAUGCCAUCGCUUCUCCGAUCGCGAAGGCCACCGAGACACUGAAGAACAUCGAUCUCCAGGCAGCUCAUGUGCAGCCGUCGGUCGUUCUGGAGGAUUGUCUGCUAGAAAUGUGUGCAUCCUUAGAGAAGGCUCAAACAACACACACUGUAGAAAAGGCCCAAGAGAGCACAGCUCAUUUCAAGUUGGUUGAUACAGUGACCCAUGUGCAGCACGAUAUUCGAGAAUGCAUUCAGUUGGAGAAGGACACUAGAGAAAAGAACUCGAAGCUGCAACAAGGCGCUUUGGAGUCGCUGAAGCAAUCCUUGUCCGAAGUCCAGCAGCUUGUGAAGUCGGACAUUGUGGUGAAAGAGGUUUCGAAGCCUUUGGUUGCCUUGGAAACCACUAUCAACGAGCUCAUUGGACAACCUAUGCAGCUCGAGAGCAUUGAGUUUGUGAAUGCCAUCGCUUCUCCGAUCGCAAAGGUCACCGAGACACUGAAGAACAUCGAUCUCCAGGCAGCUCAUGUGCAGCCGACGGUCGUUGUGGAAGAUUGUCUGCUAGAAAUGUGUGCAUCCUUAGAGAAGGCUCAAACAACACACACUGUAGAAAAGGCCCAAGAGAGCACAGCUCAUAGCAAGUUGGUUGAUACAGUGACCCAUGUACAGCACGAUAUUCGAGAAUGCAUUCAGUUGGAGAAGGACACUAGAGAAAAGAACUCGAAGCUGCAACAAGGCGCUUUGGAGUCGCUGAAGCAAUCCUUGUUCGAAGUCCAGCAGCUUGUGAAGUCGGACAUUGUGGUGAAAGAGGUUUCGAAGCCUUUGGUAGCCUUGGAAACCACUAUCAACGAGCUCAUUGGACAACCUAUGCAGCUCGAGAGCAUUGAGUUUGUGAAUGCCAUCGCUUCUCCGAUCGCAAAGGUCACCGAGACACUGAAGAACAUCGAUCUCCAGGCAGCUCAUAUGCAGCCGACGGUCGUUCUGGAGGAUUGUCUGCUAGAAAUGUGUGCAUCCUUAGAGAAGGCUCAAACAACACACACUGUAGAAAAGGCCCAAGAGAGCACAGCUCAUUUCAAGUUGGUUGAUACAGUGACCCAUGUGCAGCACGAUAUUCGAGAAUGCAUUCAGUUGGAGAAGGACACUAGAGAAAAGAACUCGAAGCUGCAACAAGGCGCUUUGGAGUCGCUGAAGCAAUCCUUGUCCGAAGUCCAGCAGCUUGUGAAGUCGGACAUUGUGGUGAAAGAGGUUUCGAAGCCUUUGGUUGCCUUGGAAACCACUAUCAACGAGCUCAUUGGACAACCUAUGCAGCUCGAGAGCAUUGAGUUUGUGAAUGCCAUCGCUUCUCCGAUCGCAAAGGUCACCGAGACACUGAAGAAAAUCGAUCUCCAGGCAGCUCAUGUGCAGCCGACGGUCGUUCUGGAGGAUUGUCUGCUAGAAAUGUGUGCAUCCUUAGAGAAGGCUCAAACAACAUACACUGUAGAAAAGGCCCAAGAGAGCACAGCUCAUAGCAAGUUGGUUGAUACAGUGACCCAUGUGCAGCACGAUAUUCGAGAAUGCAUUCAGUUGGAGAAGGACACUAGAGAAAAGAACUCGAAGCUGCAACAAGGCGCUUUGGAGUCGCUGAAGCAAUCCUUGUCCGAAGUCCAGCAGCUUGUGAAGUCGGACAUUGUGGUGAAAGAGGUUUCGAAGCCUUUGGUUGCCUUGGAAACCACUAUCAACGAGCUCAUUGGACAACCUAUGCAGCUCGAGAGCAUUGAGUUUGUGAAUGCCAUCGCUUCUCCGAUCGCAAAGGUCACCGAGACACUGAAGAACAUCGAUCUCCAGGCAGCUCAUGUGCAGCCCACGGUCGUUGUGGAAGAUUGUCUGCUAGAAAUGUGUGCAUCCUUAGAGAAGGCUCAAACAACACACACUGUAGAAAAGGCCCAAGAGAGCACAGCUCAUAGCAAGUUGGUUGAUACGGUGACCCAUGUGCAGCACGAUAUUCGAGAAUGCAUUCAGUUGGAGAAGGACACUAGAGAAAAGAACUCGAAGCUGCAACAAGGCGCUUUGGAGUCGCUGAAGCAAUCCUUGUCCGAAGUCCAGCAGCUUGUGAAGUCGGACAUUGUGGUGAAAGAGGUUUCGAAGCCUUUGGUUGCCUUGGAAACCACUAUCAACGAGCUCAUUGGACAACCUAUGCAGCUCGAGAGCAUUGAGUUUGUGAAUGCCAUCGCUUCUCCGAUCGCAAAGGUCACCGAGACACUGAAGAACAUCGAUCUCCAGGCAGCUCAUGUGCAGCCGACGGUCGUUCUGGAGGAUUGUCUGCUAGAAAUGUGUGCAUCCUUAGAGAAGGCUCAAACAACAUACACUGUAGAAAAGGCCCAAGAGAGCACAGCUCAUAGCAAGUUGGUUGAUACAGUGACCCAUGUGCAGCACGAUAUUCGAGAAUGCAUUCAGUUGGAGAAGGACACUAGAGAAAAGAACUCGAAGCUGCAACAAGGCGCUUUGGAGUCGCUGAAGCAAUCCUUGUUUGAAGUCCAGCAGCUUGUGAAGUCGGACAUUGUGCUGAAAGAGGUUUCGAAGCCUUUGGUUGCCUUGGAAACCACUAUCAACGAGCUCAUUGGACAACCUAUGCAGCUCGAGAGCAUUGAGUUUGUGAAUGCCAUCGCUUCUCCGAUCGCAAAGGUCACCGAGACACUGAAGAAAAUCGAUCUCCAGGCAGCUCAUGUGCAGCCGACGGUCGUUCUGGAGGAUUGUCUGCUAGAAAUGUGUGCAUCCUUAGAGAAGGCUCAAACAACAUACACUGUAGAAAAGGCCCAAGAGAGCACAGCUCAUAGCAAGUUGGUUGAUACAGUGACCCAUGUGCAGCACGAUAUUCGAGAAUGCAUUCAGUUGGAGAAGGACACUAGAGAAAAGAACUCGAAGCUGCAACAAGGCGCUUUGGAGUCGCUGAAGCAAUCCUUGUCCGAAGUCCAGCAGCUUGUGAAGUCGGACAUUGUGGUGAAAGAGGUUUCGAAGCCUUUGGUUGCCUUGGAAACCACUAUCAACGAGCUCAUUGGACAACCUAUGCAGCUCGAGAGCAUUGAGUUUGUGAAUGCCAUCGCUUCUCCGAUCGCAAAGGUCACCGAGACACUGAAGAACAUCGAUCUCCAGGCAGCUCAUGUGCAGCCCACGGUCGUUGUGGAAGAUUGUCUGCUAGAAAUGUGUGCAUCCUUAGAGAAGGCUCAAACAACACACACUGUAGAAAAGGCCCAAGAGAGCACAGCUCAUAGCAAGUUGGUUGAUACAGUGACCCAUGUGCAGCACGAUAUUCGAGAAUGCAUUCAGUUGGAGAAGGACACUAGAGAAAAGAACUCGAAGCUGCAACAAGGCGCUUUGGAGUCGCUGAAGCAAUCCUUGUCCGAAGUCCAGCAGCUUGUGAAGUCGGACAUUGUGGUGAAAGAGGUUUCGAAGCCUUUGGUUGCCUUGGAAACCACUAUCAACGAGCUCAUUGGACAACCUAUGCAGCUCGAGAGCAUUGAGUUUGUGAAUGCCAUCGCUUCUCCGAUCGCAAAGGUCACCGAGACACUGAAGAACAUCGAUCUCCAGGCAGCUCAUGUGCAGCCGACGGUCGUUCUGGAGGAUUGUCUGCUAGAAAUGUGUGCAUCCUUAGAGAAGGCUCAAACAACAUACACUGUAGAAAAGGCCCAAGAGAGCACAGCUCAUAGCAAGUUGGUUGAUACAGUGACCCAUGUGCAGCACGAUAUUCGAGAAUGCAUUCAGUUGGAGAAGGACACUAGAGAAAAGAACUCGAAGCUGCAACAAGGCGCUUUGGAGUCGCUGAAGCAAUCCUUGUUUGAAGUCCAGCAGCUUGUGAAGUCGGACAUUGUGCUGAAAGAGGUUUCGAAGCCUUUGGUUGCCUUGGAAACCACUAUCAACGAGCUCAUUGGACAACCUAUGCAGCUCGAGAGCAUUGAGUUUGUGAAUGCCAUCGCUUCUCCGAUCGCAAAGGUCACCGAGACACUGAAGAAAAUCGAUCUCCAGGCAGCUCAUGUGCAGCCGACGGUCGUUCUGGAGGAUUGUCUGCUAGAAAUGUGUGCAUCCUUAGAGAAGGCUCAAACAACAUACACUGUAGAAAAGGCCCAAGAGAGCACAGCUCAUAGCAAGUUGGUUGAUACAGUGACCCAUGUGCAGCACGAUAUUCGAGAAUGCAUUCAGUUGGAGAAGGACACUAGAGAAAAGAACUCGAAGCUGCAACAAGGCGCUUUGGAGUCGCUGAAGCAAUCCUUGUCCGAAGUCCAGCAGCUUGUGAAGUCGGACAUUGUGGUGAAAGAGGUUUCGAAGCCUUUGGUUGCCUUGGAAACCACUAUCAACGAGCUCAUUGGACAACCUAUGCAGCUCGAGAGCAUUGAGUUUGUGAAUGCCAUCGCUUCUCCGAUCGCAAAGGUCACCGAGACACUGAAGAACAUCGAUCUCCAGGCAGCUCAUGUGCAGCCCACGGUCGUUGUGGAAGAUUGUCUGCUAGAAAUGUGUGCAUCCUUAGAGAAGGCUCAAACAACACACACUGUAGAAAAGGCCCAAGAGAGCACAGCUCAUAGCAAGUUGGUUGAUACAGUGACCCAUGUGCAGCACGAUAUUCGAGAAUGCAUUCAGUUGGAGAAGGACACUAGAGAAAAGAACUCGAAGCUGCAACAAGGCGCUUUGGAGUCGCUGAAGCAAUCCUUGUCCGAAGUCCAGCAGCUUGUGAAGUCGGACAUUGUGGUGAAAGAGGUUUCGAAGCCUUUGGUUGCCUUGGAAACCACUAUCAACGAGCUCAUUGGACAACCUAUGCAGCUCGAGAGCAUUGAGUUUGUGAAUGCCAUCGCUUCUCCGAUCGCAAAGGUCACCGAGACACUGAAGAACAUCGAUCUCCAGGCAGCUCAUGUGCAGCCGACGGUCGUUCUGGAGGAUUGUCUGCUAGAAAUGUGUGCAUCCUUAGAGAAGGCUCAAACAACAUACACUGUAGAAAAGGCCCAAGAGAGCACAGCUCAUAGCAAGUUGGUUGAUACAGUGACCCAUGUGCAGCACGAUAUUCGAGAAUGCAUUCAGUUGGAGAAGGACACUAGAGAAAAGAACUCGAAGCUGCAACAAGGCGCUUUGGAGUCGCUGAAGCAAUCCUUGUCCGAAGUCCAGCAGCUUGUGAAGUCGGACAUUGUGGUGAAAGAGGUUUCGAAGCCUUUGGUUGCCUUGGAAACCACUAUCAACGAGCUCAUUGGACAACCUAUGCAGCUCGAGAGCAUUGAGUUUGUGAAUGCCAUCGCUUCUCCGAUCGCAAAGGUCACCGAGACACUGAAGAAAAUCGAUCUCCAGGCAGCUCAUGUGCAGCCGACGGUCGUUCUGGAGGAUUGUCUGCUAGAAAUGUGUGCAUCCUUAGAGAAGGCUCAAACAACAUACACUGUAGAAAAGCCCCAAGAGAGCACAGCUCAUAGCAAGUUGGUUGAUACAGUGACCCAUGUGCAGCACGAUAUUCGAGAAUGCAUUCAGUUGGAGAAGGACACUAGAGAAAAGAACUCGAAGCUGCAACAAGGCGCUUUGGAGUCGCUGAAGCAAUCCUUGUUUGAAGUCCAGCAGCUUGUGAAGUCGGACAUUGUGCUGAAAGAGGUUUCGAAGCCUUUGGUUGCCUUGGAAACCACUAUCAACGAGCUCAUUGGACAACCUAUGCAGCUCGAGAGCAUUGAGUUUGUGAAUGCCUUCGCUUCUCCGAUCGCAAAGGUCACCGAGACACUGAAGAAAAUCGAUCUCCAGGCAGCUCAUGUGCAGCCGACGGUCGUUCUGGAGGAUUGUCUGCUAGAAAUGUGUGCAUCCUUAGAGAAGGCUCAAACAACAUACACUGUAGAAAAGGCCCAAGAGAGCACAGCUCAUAGCAAGUUGGUUGAUACAGUGACCCAUGUGCAGCACGAUAUUCGAGAAUGCAUUCAGUUGGAGAAGGACACUAGAGAAAAGAACUCGAAGCUGCAACAAGGCGCUUUGGAGUCGCUGAAGCAAUCCUUGUCCGAAGUCCAGCAGCUUGUGAAGUCGGACAUUGUGGUGAAAGAGGUUUCGAAGCCUUUGGUUGCCUUGGAAACCACUAUCAACGAGCUCAUUGGACAACCUAUGCAGCUCGAGAGCAUUGAGUUUGUGAAUGCCAUCGCUUCUCCGAUCGCAAAGGUCACCGAGACACUGAAGAACAUCGAUCUCCAGGCAGCUCAUGUGCAGCCCACGGUCGUUGUGGAAGAUUGUCUGCUAGAAAUGUGUGCAUCCUUAGAGAAGGCUCAAACAACACACACUGUAGAAAAGGCCCAAGAGAGCACAGCUCAUAGCAAGUUGGUUGAUACAGUGACCCAUGUGCAGCACGAUAUUCGAGAAUGCAUUCAGUUGGAGAAGGACACUAGAGAAAAGAACUCGAAGCUGCAACAAGGCGCUUUGGAGUCGCUGAAGCAAUCCUUGUCCGAAGUCCAGCAGCUUGUGAAGUCGGACAUUGUGGUGAAAGAGGUUUCGAAGCCUUUGGUUGCCUUGGAAACCACUAUCAACGAGCUCAUUGGACAACCUAUGCAGCUCGAGAGCAUUGAGUUUGUGAAUGCCAUCGCUUCUCCGAUCGCAAAGGUCACCGAGACACUGAAGAACAUCGAUCUCCAGGCAGCUCAUGUGCAGCCGACGGUCGUUCUGGAGGAUUGUCUGCUAGAAAUGUGUGCAUCCUUAGAGAAGGCUCAAACAACAUACACUGUAGAAAAGGCCCAAGAGAGCACAGCUCAUAGCAAGUUGGUUGAUACAGUGACCCAUGUGCAGCACGAUAUUCGAGAAUGCAUUCAUUUAGAGAAGGACACUAGAGAAAAGAACUCGAAGCUGCAACAAGGCGCUUUGGAGUCGCUGAAGCAAUCCUUGUCCGAAGUCCAGCAGCUUGUGAAGUCGGACAUUGUGGUGAAAGAGGUUUCGAAGCCUUUGGUUGCCUUGGAAACCACUAUCAACGAGCUCAUUGGACAACCUAUGCAGCUCGAGAGCAUUGAGUUUGUGAAUGCCAUCGCUUCUCCGAUCGCAAAGGUCACCGAGACACUGAAGAACAUCGAUCUCCAGGCAGCUCAUGUGCAGCCGUCGGUCGUUCUGGAGGAUUGUCUGCUAGAAAUGUGUGCAUCCUUAGAGAAGGCUCAAACAACACACACUGUAGAAAAGGCCCAAGAGAGCACAGCUCAUAGCAAGUUGAUUGAUACAGUGACCCAUGUGCAGCACGAUAUUCGAGAAUGCAUUCAGUUGGAGAAGGACACUAGAGAAAAGAACUCGAAGCUGCAACAAGGCGCUUUGGAGUCGCUGAAGCAAUCCUUGUCCGAAGUCCAGCAGUUUGUGAAGUCGGACAUUGUGGUGAAAGAGGUUUCGAAGCCUUUGGUUGCCUUGGAAACCACUAUCAACGAGCUCAUUGGACAACCUAUGCAGCUCGAGAGCAUUGAGUUUGUGAAUGCCAUCGCUUCUCCGAUCGCAAAGGUCACCGAGACACUGAAGAACAUCGAUCUCCAGGCAGCUCAUGUGCAGCCGACGGUCGUUCUGGAGGAUUGUCUGCUAGAAAUGUGUGCAUCCUUAGAGAAGGCUCAAACAACACACACUGUAGAGAAGGCUCAAGAGAGCACAGCUCAUAGCAAGUUGGUUGAUACAGUGACCCAUGUGCAGCACGAUAUUCGAGAAUGCAUUCAGUUGGAGAAGGACACUAGAGAAAAGAACUCGAAGCUGCAACAAGGCGCUUUGGAGUCGCUGAAGCAAUCCUUGUCCGAAGUCCAGCAGCUUGUGAAGUCGGACAUUGUGGUGAAAGAGGUUUCGAAGCCUUUGGUUGCCUUGGAAACCACUAUCAACGAGCUCAUUGGACAACCUAUGCAGCUCGAGAGCAUUGAGUUUGUGAAUGCCAUCGCUUCUUCGAUCGCAAAGGUCACCGAGACACUGAAGAACAUCGAUCUCCAGGCAGCUCAUGUGCAGCCGACGGUCGUUGUGGAAGAUUGUCUGCUAGAAAUCACGAUAUUCGAGAAUGCAUUCAGUUGGAGAAGGACACUAGAGAAAAGAACUCGAAGCUGCAACGAGGCGCUUUGGAGUCGCUGA